GAUCAAGAAUGCCAUCAAAACAGAUCUCCUCAAGAGGUACAGCAGUGAGGCAGAGAAGAAGAUACUUUAUACAGCCUCUGCCCUGGAGGAGAGAUUGGAGAUAUACAGAGUAAUGACUGAGGAGGCUGCAUUCUUGGAGAUUGAGUGUACUACAGUUACACCUAGGAGGACAAACGUGGAUGAAGCGCCUGAGGAAAGAGAAACUCUGGAAGAAGAAACACCCAUCGAAGAUAGCCCUUCUCCUCCCAAAAGAAAGUCCACAUCGCUGCUCAUGACUUUGCUGGGACAGUCUUUCACUGACACUGAAAGUACAAUAGAACCCUAUACCCCCUAUGCCAAGGCUGAAGAGGAAAUAGAGAAAUAUUGUAAAGUCCAAUCUUUGCCUCUCACUGAAGACCCUUUGAACUUGCGGCAUGUACAUGAGGUCAUAUUUCCCCUCCUCUCUCAGCUGUCAAAGCGAUUCGUGUGUAUCCCAGGCACAAGCGUUUCUGCAGAGCGGGUUUUCUCCACUGCAGGAGAUAUGGUAACGGCAAAAAGAAGCACCCUCAAACCAGAGCAUGUGGAUUAA